CACCACACUGGCUGUCAAACUUAUCAAAAAAAAUCCACAACUAAUCAAACGAAGCAAAAGAAUUUUUUUCUCAACAAAACGCCCAAAAAAUUUACCAACUUUUUUUUGUUAAAACAUUUAAUUUGUUGUAAUUGUUUUCCAAUAAUUGAUAUACGAAACAUUCCGAACGGUGCGUUGCGCAUAAUAAAAACAAAAACGGAUCCAACAUGAACUUUUUGGGUUUUGGACAAUCGGCUGAAAUCGAUAUUGUUUUCGAUGGUGCUGAAAAAAAGAAAACUGCUGAGGUCAAGGCAGAGGAUGGGAAAAUUGAGAAAAUGUUACUUUACUACGAUGGUGAAACGGUGUCCGGAAAGGUGAAUGUUACACUCAAAAAACCUGGCAGCAAAUUGGAACAUCAGGGCAUUAAAAUAGAAUUCAUUGGACAAAUUGAAUUAUUCUACGAUCGUGGUAAUCAUCAUGAGUUCAAGUGUAUUACCAAAGCUCUGGCACGACCCGGUGACCUGCUGCAGAACAACAGCUAUCCCUUCGAAUUUCCCAAUGUGGAGAAACAAUUCGAAAUCUAUAAUGGUUCAAAUGUUCGAUUGCGAUAUUUCCUGCGUGCCACCAUAAUACGACGCAUCAGCGAUAUAACAAAAGAGGUUGACAUUGCCGUUCACACCCUGUGCAGUUAUCCGGAUGUAAAUAAUCCCAUUAAAAUGGAAGUUGGCAUUGAAGACUGUUUGCACAUUGAAUUUGAAUACAACAAGAGUAAAUACCACUUGAAGGAUACAAUAAUUGGUAAAAUCUAUUUUCUCUUGGUACGCAUUAAAAUUAAGCACAUGGAAAUUGCCAUUAUAAAACGGGAAUCGACUGGUAGUGGGCCAAAUACGUUCACCGAAAACGAAACAAUUGCCAAGUUUGAGAUCAUGGAUGGAGCACCGGUCAAGGGUGAGAGUAUACCAAUACGUGUAUUCUUGGCUGGCUACAAUUUGACGCCGACAAUGCGUGAUAUAAAUAAAAAGUUUUCGGUGAAAUAUUUCCUCAAUUUGGUGUUAAUGGAUACCGAAGAUCGUCGUUACUUUAAGCAGCAAGAAAUUACGCUGUGGCGUAAGGCUGAUAUACCACGUUAUCAUCAUGCCCACAAUCAGCAUCAACAGGCUGCUGUGGCGGCGGGUCACAAUACACAUCCUCAACAUGCACCACCUCAUUUGGUGAGUGGCCCACCGGCACCAAUUGCGGCCGGUCAACCAUCACUUGUGGCCAGCAAUGAGCUGGGAGGUAAUGCGGCGCCAGUGGUGGGCGCCACCCCAGCCACCAUGGUUUCGGAGGGCGGUAAAAUGGGCUUAUUCACCCGUGAAAGUCCAAAUCAGGAAUUUUCACAACAAGAUUCUUUGCCCACAUCGCCGGUUACACCAACAGCUGUCAGUGGUAUACCAAUUGAACGUGGCAUGGGCGAUGGCGCAGCUGCGGUGAGUACAUCACCGGUUAUGCUGUCAACAACGCCCCCUCCAUUGCCUGCAGCAACAGCCUCAGCAUCGACGGGCAGUAACAAUCUAUCGUCAUCGAUUGAAAACAUGAAAGAAGCUGAUGAUUUUCUAGACAAUAUUCCAAGUGAUGGUGUUGAUCGUGGUAUUGCAUCCUUGGAUGGUGAUGAUAAGCCUCAAGUGGUGGCAUCAAGUGAUUUCUUGGAUAGUGAUGAUGCUGUUACAACUGGAAGUGGCGGAGCUUGAUAUUAUGGCCAAGCCAAUUGAGUUUGUAAUACUGCAGUAGCAGCAGCAACAACAACAAUAACACAAACAACAACCACCAGCAUCAUCGUUAUCAUCAAUACACAAAACAAAACAGUAACAAAACCAACUACAACAACAACUACAUACGAUCAAUUGCUGAAAAAGAUCGAUCGUGUAAAUAUUGCAUCAAGUGCUUAAACUGACAACAACAAACGAAAUGAAAGAAUCUACAACAACAACCAUCAUACAAAUGAAUACUAACAUCAAAAACAAACAACUUCUCAUAAUUUAGAACAAAAAAACCACACAAAGACAUUACAAGAAUACACUAAAACAACAACAACAAAAUAGCAACAAUAACUAUUAGGGCUUAUUUUUUAAAACAACAAGAAAUACGAAAACUAAGACUUUUUCAAUGAAGACAACAAGAGUUUGCCGUUUUUAAAUGUAGUUCGAAAUUGAUUUGGAAAUUCAUAAAUGUUCUCUAGAAAUUAUCUAGAAAUUAAUUUCAGAGUCUUUGGCUUGUAAUGCCUUUAAGGAAUGGCUAAGCUGUUCAUCGGCAAAUUAAAUAACAAUUUCACUGUUCCAGAACUGCAAGAAUGUAAAAAAUUACUUUUUCCUUUUAUGAUAUCGAAACAUUGGAAAACUAUAAGAUUAUUGCAGGUUCUGAAACAGCAAAUAUUCCAUAGACAAUUUUCAAUUGUUCUCUUUUUUUCUCAACUAUGUAUUUAAUAAAAAAAUUCGAAUUGCAGAUAUUUCAAUUGCACUGUUCCAGAACUAUAAGAAUGUAAAAUAUUUUACUUUUUCCGUUUAAGAUAUCGAAAAUUUUUAAAACUAUUAGAUUCUGGAACAACACGUGUUUUAUAGACAAUUUUCAAUUGUUUUUUUUUUUUCAACUAUUUAUUAAAAAUCGAUCAAUAUCAAUUAAUAAUCAAUUUCCAACUACAUUUGAAUAGGGCGGGCAAAAAAUAGCAAAAAAAAAAAAAAACUUUGUGAAAAUCUAAACUAAACGCAAAAAGGUUAUAAACAUGCAUUCGUGGUAACUAAAUGAUUCGAUUAAUUUUAUUUUGUGCCGAAACAAGCUAUUCUAAUCGAACUCUUCUGCUAAAACUUAACUAAAGAAAGGAAGCCGUGGAAAGUAAAUUUCAGGAUUUUUUGGCCAUUAAAUUUACGUGCAGAAAAUUAACAUUUCGUAUUAAUAUGUUUCUUGAAAUUGUACUCAAAGAUCUCUUCUAAGGUAUUUCAACUGGGUAGUGCUGUCGUACGUUUUUGUUGAUAUCUCAGUUCCCUUUUUACAGAUCUCCGUAUAACAGUAUCUUCCGAUGUCAAAUAGUUUGAAGAUCUUAACAGUACUUUGACAUCUAAUAAUGUCGAAAAGUUGGCACUGACUAAUUGACAACCCCGUAUUAAAUGUUUUGAGCUUUUUCGAAUGAGGUCGAUGAAUAUCGAUCUAACACGUUUAAAAAAGGACUUUUAAUUAAGUUCCUAUAUAUUAAGUUCCUAUAUAUGCUAUAUGCCCGAUUACUUUGUACAUCGAUGACAAAUUUAACUUCAUAAAAAUAUUACGAUUUUUAAUAUAAUGAUGUAUUUCCAAUGUAUAGAUUGAAACAAAAUUUUUCUUAUGUCGGACUUUAUAAAAACCCAUUUUUAAACAUUUUUACAAUCCUAUGUGGAGGAAUUUCUGUGAUCUUUUAAAGUAGACUCUAGACCUGAAUUGGAUAAAGACUUGAUAGAGUCUAUUUUUGUUCGUCCGUUCUACAAGCAAAGAUUUUAUUCUUUUGACUGGAAAUUGUAAGUAAAAAUUAGAACUCCAUCAAGUACCUCCCCCACAAAGGGUAAAAAUUUUGAAUUAUUACAAUUCGCAUAACAUGUGAUGUUUUUGUCCGAUUGUCUUCAAAUUUCACACGUCUCAAUAUUCAUGUUAACCCAAGGUCUGGUAUUAAUAUGGAGUAUAUCGGUCCACUCCUUAUGGUAGUUCCACCUCCCCCACAGAAGGUUGAAAUUUUGAAUAUACAUUAAGGCCACAAAACGCGAAAUUAACAUCCGAUUCCAUUUAGACUUGGCAUAUCUGAAUAUUUCUAUCAACACAGGAUCUGUUAUAAAGACGGUGGAUAUCGGACCAUUCCUUCUGGUACCUCCCCCACAAAGGUUCAAAGUUUUGAAUAACCAAAACGUUUCUAAAAUCCGAAAUAAGCAACAGGUUCUCUUUAUAUUUCACACAUUUUUGCUAACACAAGAUCUGUUGUGACGAUGCUAUAUAUCUGCGAACUCCUUCAAGUACCUCUCUCAGAAAGGGUCACAAUUUUCAAUAGUUUUAUCUGUCAUAAAUUGCGAAACAACUCAGCGAUUCUUUCCAACUUGCUAUAUCUAAAUAUAUGACUCUCAAUCAGAAACCUGAGAUGAAUAUGAAAUUUAUGAUUUCCCAUAAGUUUUAUAUAAAUGUUCGAUCUUCUUGUAAUUUUGCCCAUGCCAAUAUUUUUAUCUGUAUUAGAUGAAGCAUGAAAAUGGAAUACUUCGGUUGAAUAAAUCUGGUACCUCACGCACAUGUUAAAAUUUUCAAAAAAAAAUACCAUAGAGGGUCAAAAAAUUUAUAUAAUCAUAACAGAGGACAAAAUAUUUUUUAGUAAUCGAACAUUGGCUGAGGGUAUACAUCUGUCAGGAAAACCGACCGAUACUUUUUUACUUUCAUUCAGCUUUGCAUAAUUUACAAAAAAUUUAUAGCCUUGCAGAUACCCGAGUAUUUAGUACAUGUUUUUGGCACUCAAUAAAAUUAAUCAAAUCGAUCAUUAUUCUACAAAUCACAAGCAUGUUUAAAACCCAUAAAAACAAACACUUUUUAAAUAGAGUGAGAACAAAUGUUUAACUUAAUAGAAAAUAUGAGGUAACAUUAAAAGUGAAGCGAUUCAAUUUAUUUAUGCAUGUCAAAGGACUUGUGUUUUUCAAUUUUCGUUGACUUCCUGUCUAACUUCCACAAUUUCGGGUCGCUUUACUCGAAAAUUACCUUUUAGUAAAUGUGUGUGUAAACGUGAGUGAAUGAUUCUAAAAUGAAACUACGAAUGAAUGAACAAAACAAAAAUAUAAAACGAAACUAUUUUAAUUUCCAAAAUCUUUUUUAAACAAGUCCAUAGUUUGUAAAAAGUAUUAACAACAAGAACAACAAUGAAAAACUAAAUCAACCAAAUUGUUAUUUUUUUGUAGUAAAGAAACAUAAUCAUAUAUAGAUCACUUGAAACUCACACAAACCAUACGUACAUACAUAUACACAUAGCAAAAAUCUUUUGGAAAUCUAAUUAAAACAAAAUUUGAAAACUUAAAAAAUAAUUAUAGCCUUAAAUUAUACAAAACAAAAAUGUCGACAAAACAAAACGAAAAAUAAGCCCUUGCUAGUUUUCUCCUCGAACCUAUCUACCUACCUAUGUUUGCAAAUGUUCUAAACCUUAAACUACAAAUAUUGAUCACAAACCCAGUAGGGGAAUUCUCUAACUCAUUUUUCAGUUACCAACAAAAGACGGUAAAAUUAAAAUUAAACUUUAAAUUAAUUUUUAAUAUCAAAAUUUUGGAAUUCAAAAUUAUAUAUUUUUGUCGGUAACUCAAAAAAUGAGUUAAAAAAUUCCACUACAGGUCUCUAUUCGUAUGGGAUGUAAAAAGAAUUUAUGCGAUCUAAAUAAUUUAAUUAAAAAUGGACAUAUACUUAAAAUUGUGAUUGAAACAUUUUCGUUGAAGAAAGUCGGCGGUUAUUUCAGUUAUGUCCAUUUUUAAGAUAUCCCGCAUCGCUUCUAUUUACCUCACAAUUUCAAAGGAAUCCUAGGGUUCACCAAAACCCACAGCAUUUUAAUGAAAAAGGUCCUUCUUUUCAACUUCUAACUUUUUUAUUUAAAUUAUAUUUUUUUUUAUAUUUAAAAUUAAGCACUUGGCUUUAGUUGUAUAUUGUCUAUUAAUUCAUUUUGCUAUAAAUAGUUGCUUCUAUUAUUUCCCAUUCUGCCGCUAUAAAAUUUUUUUUCUCGUUUAAAUAAUUAUUAUGGAUAAUAAUUAUAAUUGUUUAUAUUACUAUUAUUAUUACUAUUUUAAAAUAUUAUUUUUAUGUUUAUAAUAUAUAUUUUGCCCAAAGCAAAUAAAAAACAAAAAAUACCCCUAUAUAUGAUUCCAAUUUGUUAAACAACCUUCCACACACCCUUAUAUUAGAACGUAACCCCUUUAAACGGUCUCCUCCUACUCCCCUAAAUUACCAAUUAUUCUUUCUCUCUCUUUCUCUCCCCCUCAUCAUCAAUGUACUUUAUUUAAUAAGCUACAAAAAAAAAUAA